GGACAUAUCCACAAUUUCCUUUGCAACGGGGGCCCGUUUAUAACCCUAGGUGGCGGACGGCGGCCGGCGGCCGGCUGACGGCGAGCUCCGGCGUCCGUUUCACGUGGGCAGCUCCGGCUCAAAUUGGCCGGCGGCUAAGCGAGCUCCUCGUCUUGCCCAGUACUCGGCCUCUCCGCUAAGGCCCCCAAUCCUCUGCUCUGGCGAGGGACUCCAGCAGGAGCUGUCUGCCAUGGCAUUAAUAUAAGCAGGGGAUCUGGGCAUCUCUGUAUUGGAAAGAGCUUACACCUUACAGUAUCUCUGUAUUGUGAUUCAGACAAGGAAAUGGCUACUACACUACACAACGGAGGAAUGAAUUGUAGAAAAUACUGAAGCGUGGAUCCGCAGAAUAAAGCUCCAUGUGAUUCCAUGUUAAACUGUCCAAAUGCAAAAAUUUAAGCUCCAUGUGGUUCCGAUAUGCUGCAAAUAGCUACCAGUGUACUAUCACACGGAGAUGACUGAUUAUUCACAGGUCAGCUGGCAGGUGCUAAUCGAGGGGGAAGAUCGAAACAUAUUCCACGCUAGUGCUAUGGACUGCUGAGAUUUGAAGGAACAUGGCAUGAUUAGUCGACCUGUAGAAUGAUGUUGUGAUAUUCUCAGCACAACGGAAGUGGCAAUCAAAGGGUGUAAUUGUGUUUCCUGAGGAGCCCAGUGAGGAAUAAUGCACUGCAGGAAAUAUAAAUCAGCAGAGCAUCACAACAAGGACAGAUUUGGACCAGAAAAUAACGCUAAAGUAGUACAACUGGAUUCUCCAUCGUUCAGAGGUCUGGAGUCAACAACAUCGCCAUCACGCACAUGAGCCACUAGUCUAGUCGGUAUGCAUUUACUCAACUUUUGCUUGGCGGCAAGUAGCUAAGUCUCCUAGUCAACAACAUCACUGUCAUGUAGAGCCAGCAGUUGGCAUGUAAUUACCCUCUCAAAAUACAAAAACUUUGGCAGCCACUCCCUUAUUUGUCCAUUCAUCCCUGUGAAACAGUCUGCCAUGGCGAUGCCCACUACUCUCAAGGCCUUGACCGUUUUAUAUGUGCUUGUAGUUCUUGCUGCAGAUCAAGCCAAAGGGCAGAAUCAUCGGCCUGAUUGUCCUUCUUUCUCAUGUGGCCCACUUGGAUACGUCAGAUUCCCAUUUCGUCAGGUAAGUGAUCCACCUGGGUGUGGUUAUCAAUCUUACGAGCUAAUUUGCAGCGAUGCUAACGCUACAAUUCGCAUCGACAAUGCGACAUAUUAUGUGUCUGGAAUCAACUACAAUGAUUCUACCUUCUGGAUCGUCGAUGCUGACUUGGUUUUACACAACACCUGCCCUCUACCACGGUGGGUUCGUCCUCAUCAUCCUUCAUACUUACGCAAAGACAUGGAAAUCGAAUUGGCCCCACAUGCAGAUAGUCUGGCUUGUUUCGUUAAAUGUUCUCAGAAACUAAAGAACAGUGAUAUGUACAACAGUGGUAUGUACAACAGUGGUAUGUACAAGCCUAUCGCUUGCCUGAACACCAAUGAGUCUUUUGUUUACAUGGUAACUUGCCAAGGCACUCCUUUUAUGAAUUACCUUGAGCCUUCUUGUCGGUACUUGGCUAUGGCUCCUUUGCGUAGUUGGGUGCUAGAGGAUGCAAGUUAUGCAGAAAUUGUGAAGUCCAUGAAGAGCGGAUUUGCUGUUCGAUUUCCCUUCAGAUAUUAUGGAGGAAUGAAAGAGUGGAGCAUUAAGACAUGCCUAUUGCGUGAGAUUAGCAAGUUUCGUGGCCCAGCAGUGUCUGGAACGAGCAUCAAUGAUUGGAUUGCGAUAAUUCUUCUGAUGGGGGCUGAUUUUGCAGACUGCGUAUUUUAUGGGAUUGGACUUCCUUAUUAUGCUGGGAUAGAGCGGAAGGUCAUACUAAUUACUAUGCAGAAGCUGACAUUGACUGCCGAUCUAUGCAGGUUCGUGUUGGCACCCCUGGCUGUGUUGAUCUUUCUUGUCUACAAGUACUGGAAAACACGGAUCAGAAUUGAUGCAGUCGAGAAGUUCCUCCAAAUGCAACAAAUGCUUGGCCCAACAAGGUAUGCCUACACCGACAUCACUGCAGUCACAAGCCAUUUCAUACAUAAGCUGGGUCACGGAGGCUACGGCUCCGUGUUUAAGGGUGUGCUAUUGCCAGGCAAUGUUCAUGUCGCGGUCAAAAUGCUAGACGGUAACUCCAACUGUAAUGGAGAAGAUUUUAUCAGCGAAGUUUCAACCAUUGGCAGGAUCCACCAUGUUAAUGUGGUGCGUUUAGUGGGGUUCUGCCUGGAGGAAAUGAGACAAGCGCUCGUCUACGAAUACAUGCCUCGAGGUUCUCUGGACAAGUACAUCUUCUCAGCUGAGAGGAGUUUUUCCUGGGAUAGGCUCGCCGAGAUUGCUUUGGGCAUCGCCAGGGGUAUCGACUACCUACAUCAAGGGUGCGAGAUGCAGAUUCUACACUUUGAUAUCAAGCCACACAACAUCCUUCUUGACAGCAAUUUUGUCCCAAAAGUUGCUGAUUUCGGUCUCGCCAAACUAUACCCAAGGGACAACAGUUUUGUGCCAUCUAGAGCUCUACGGGGAACUAUUGGGUACAUAGCUCCUGAGAUGAUAUCACGGAGCUUUGGUGUCAUAUCGAGCAAGUCUGAUGUUUACAGCUUCGGAAUGCUGCUGCUGGAGAUGGCUGGAGGAAGAAGGAAUGCCGAUCCAAAUGCACCAAACUCAAGCCAAGCAUACUACCCCUCAUGGGUGUAUGACAGACUAACUGAACAAGAAGUGUGUGAGAUAUCUCCCGUUGCUGGCAUGCACGAGUUGGAGAGGAAGCUGUGCAUCGUUGGACUAUGGUGCAUCCAGAUGAAGUCUCAUGAAAGGCCGACAAUGAGCGAGGUCAUAGAGAUGCUGGAAGGUGGCUUCGAUGGCCUGCAGAUGCCUUCCAGGCCAUUCUUCGGCGACGAUAAGCAAACCACUGUUCCGGAUUCUUACCCUUUGUUAUCCGAGCUGACGGAGAUCUCGGAGGAGGAUGAGAUCUCGGAUUCUUAUGUUUCCCGGGUCAUGUGAACUUUCAUGUGGAAACAUGUAACAAAAUCUAGCAGUUGUAAGAAGAGGAUGUAGAACUCCAACUGCUUAAUUGGUUGAUGUAAUCAUCAUUUUGGAAGACAUGUAUUAUUCGAAUAUAUAUGAAAUAAUAGCUUGUGAAAGCUGAAGUGUUA